CUUCUGUGACGGCAGAAGAAGAAGAGAAAAAUACAUCACCAGCUGCUGAAACCACAUGUACAACAAUGGAGGCAGACACGGCUGUCCAUGAGAACGAUACUCCAGAGAGUCGUGCGGAUGAUUGCAGUGAUAACACCGUCAGCAGUUCCCAGGAUGAAACGUCGGCUGUUCAGCAUGUCGUCAGCUCUGGCAGUGGUAACAACAGCUGUCACACCUUGAGCAUGAUCCCUGAAGAAGUGAGACAGCAGGAUGAAGAAAGUGAUGCCAUGUUUCCAUCAACACCUUACUUUGAGGACUGCACUGCUUACAAAAACCCACAGGUGUGUAAAGGGGCUAUCCAAAGCAGCUCUCACAACCAAGCGGAAGAAACGUGCAGACAAUUUUUUAGCGAGCAUGCACACAAGCAGUCAAAAAGGAAACGUUCACACAGUGAGCACUCUGGGACAGAGAAGGGGUCUCAUUCCCAGAGCUCUGAUGAGUCCAUCAUACCCCCCUCCCCCCAGGAGGAGCAGAGGUCAGACUUGGUGACCUUCGCCAGAACUCGGAGAGCACUAGCUAUUCCUCACACCUGUGGAAAAGAAGUGGACUCUCUGUUGGAAGGAGGGGAAGACGCGAUUGUGAGUGACUCGGACAGCGACAGCGAGAGCACAGUCCUGUACUACGAGCAGAAUGACGAGGAUUCAGACACGGAGUCUUAUGUCAUCCCAAACUCCCACGAUAAGGACGACUCCUUCAACAGUCUUACUGGGCCUAAGGCCCCAGUAAUGGGAGCUUCCAUGAGGUCUGCCCUGUGGACAAAGGACCACACGCUGGUGCCCUCCCUGUCCCAGCACCUCAGCUCCUGCCCUGUCAGGCCUUGUGUGGUACUUCUCCACAGACUCACG